UGCGCAGUCUCUUGCAAUUAACUAAAAGUACGAACACUAUGUCAUAUUACGUAUGCUUUAUAUGAUUUAAUCAAGUACAAUACUGCACUUAAUUCCAUUUUGUUGAUGUUACAAAAAAACUUGUUUAUGUAUGCAUAAGUUACAAUUAGCGCUGUACAUCAACUGCAGCGAUCCACAUUUCCAUAAUUUGUUUAUUUAAUGGCGUGUUGUGAAUUUCCGCAGUGUCAGAUGUAACAAGUAAGUCCACUCGAUCAAGUCCAGCAUACAGAAAAUGAAAAACAAAGCAGCACUACUGAAUCUGCACUCACGACCUUUCUCACCGAAACCCAGUUGUCUCGCUAGGAAACUCGCCAUAAAAGCGAACGAUAAAGCGAAAAUGUCAUGUUCGCAAUCCAGGAAACCUCACCGAUCAAAGCACGUUGACGAACAAAAGGGAGACGAUUUCGAGAAGGGCAGAAAAAUGGCCGAUCCGCGGGAUUUCCGUCGGUUUACCAUGGACGAAGCCAAAGCACGCGGCAUCAAGAUGGGCGUGGUCAAUAAGAUCAACAUCCAACAGCGUCCCAUCCACAUCAACCAGCAGAUUGUGGAAGUGGCACGCGUGAAGAACGCCCAACAUUAUAUCCAUUAUUUACUGCAAGGGAAGGUGCCGCAACUGGAGCACACUGGUGUGGGUGGAGAACAGGUCACAGCGCCUAAUGUCGGGAUGAGGACUAGAAAAACCCCGUUCAAACCAGUAAAACCGAAGAAAAUCGUCAAGACAGACAAAGCGUUGCCUGGUGCUGAGAAAGAAAAAGUGUGCAGAAUUCCUAAAAAGAUUUUCGCCUUGAGAAACACACUUCCGGUGCGACCGGCAUCUUUAGUCGGUGGUGCUUAUAGAAAGGGCAAGAGUUUACCAGAAAAGACGGAACACAAGGACAAAACGUUAAUCUCAAAAAGAAUUUCGACAGAUAAGUAGAGGAGCGCAAAUGGUCCAUGGAAGAACAAAUAAUCACUAGUUUCAUCACUUUAAGUACAGUACUUCUCCAUGUUUUACGGGAGCAGGCAGCAGUUACGGUGUUAAUGUUCUCGCUUUACCCAGAUUCCAGGCAUUCUACCAUGCAAGUGAUUUUUUGCAAUCAAGUUAUUGCAGGACGUCCAACAUUCUGAUGGCCAAAGCACAAGAUAUGAUGAAUAAUUGAUAACUAUUUUGUGUCGUACAUUUUUACACCAUGCAGAAGUGCAAAUGUAUCAACAGCGAAAUGCGAUAUGUACUUUUAAGUCAUAAAGAUUAAUAAUGCAGACACGAGUAUGUGUUAAUUGUACUACUACUAACUACUAAUGGUUAAAGUAGUAUUCGUA